AUGGACUGUUACAUUACGAAAAAACAACAAGAACUUCCGGCAAACCUGAAUAAUAAAAACAUUUGCAAGAAUCUCUUUUUGUUCAUUCUAAAGAAAUCAAUGAUUGAUACCAGCGUAUUGGAGCAACUUCUUCUCGAUUGUGACUCUGGCCUUCUCCUUUCAAUUUGCCGGAAUGUUUGUUACUACCAAAACCACUUGAUGUACGAUAUUGAUGACACUCUGUGUUUGAGAAACGCAACGAUUGUGGUCAACUACUUCAAGUCACAAAAUCGCUUAAGAGAACUUUUCUACUGGGCAUACAAACAAGAGUUUCUUCCAAACACCAGAAAUCAGAGCGAAAUGGAAUUCAACCGGUUUUUCACCAUUUUCAAUAGAGUCUAUUCGUUGACUUAUAUGGAACCUUUUCAAAUUGCUUCGCUCAACAAAUUCCUUUUUGAAAAACAACUUUUUUCAAAACUCGAGCCCAAGUUCCUGAAUACAAACAAAUCCGAAUUCACAGAAGAAAUGCUCAAGAAGUCGAGUGAGUCGUACAACAUCCUCAAAUUGUGUGUCUCAAGGAUAUUAGAUUGUAUCAGUGUGAACACAAAUCUUGUUCCUAACGAAUAUGCAGAUGUUAUUAACUACAUUUUACGAACAGAAUCUACUCUUGAAAAAAAGAAGGACGACCACUACCUUGUUGAGAUCUGUUUCUCGGAAUUGGUCAGGGUUUUCAUUCAAUGUGUUAUUAUACCCUAUCUCAACAGCAAAAGAGCCUUACUUCGUAAAUUUGGGAGUUCAGUGGAGGAGUGUGUGGACAACAUAGUUUUUGUGGGAGAAACACUUCUUUCAUUGAUAACACCAACGUCACAAACAGUCGACUCUGACCUUAGUUUAUUAGUUGAGAAGAAAACGGUCGAUAUAUUGGACAAAGUGAUCAAAACAGCACACACCAAUGCAACACAAAAAUUUGAGCCGUUCAGACACGACUAUGAUGACAUAAUUAGUCUUAUACAAACAUCUAUAGUUCCUAUCAAACGAAACUUAACACAAGACGUCAGUGUCCAAUUAAUGAAGGCGCUUGAGAUCCCAAAUUCAAGUUUGGAAGAUUUCUUGGUCUACAACGACGUGUUACAAAAGAUUUCCAACUUCGCAAAGAACUUUCAGAUGUACUUCAGUGCGACGUUAGAAGAAGCGAAAAAGAAAGAGUCAGAGUUGAACCGUGUUAAGACGCUCAUAGAAAAUUACAAGCAGGCUUUAAUGAUGAAAAAGAUCAAAAACUACGACUUGGCUCUCCAUCUUGAAGAAUUGAAGAAACAAGAAGACGAGAAGGAACUUGACGUAUUGACCUUUUUAAGAGAAAGCCGACUCUCAAAGUCACAAAACUCACUCAGCGAACGAGAAAGUAACUUACUCAGAGUGUCUCCUUUUGACGAACUUGAACCAAAAGAAGUGAAACCAAGUUCUGUGGUUCCAAAGAAGAAAGGAUUUGCAACGAGUUGGGGGGCGUUAGGUUCUGUCUUCAAGAAAUGUGACAAGAAAGACAAGAAGGCGAGUAAAGUGGACGAGAAAGAGAAAGAAGUUGUGAAUGGUUUUCACUUAGAAACUUCAUACUCAUCAAUCUGUGUCAGAAAGUCAACUCUCUCCCCACACAAAAAAGAGGAGAACAAGCGUCCUGUCGUUUUAAGGAUAUUUGCUGAAAAGAAAAAAACACCAAAAACACUCGAAGUGAUCGAAGAGGAAAGUAAUGAAUCAUUUAGGACGUCCGAAAUCGAAGAGAGUAUUAAACAUGGAUACUCCGAAAAAACUAGUACUCCCCCACGUGUUGUAAACAUCCACUUUUAA